GGGGCAUUUCUCUUUCUUUUUCCUUUUUCUCAUUUGUCUUUCUCCCUCUUCAUCAAUAUUCAAUCAAUUCAUCGUCAUCCAUGGCCGCCGCAGGUUUGGUUCGGAGAGCGAUUACUAGGGUUUCAUCCUCACCUGCAUCCAAGCUUCUCUGUGUCCGUGCUCAUGCCUCCGAAGCUCAGGCUCAACAGGUUGAACCUAAGGCCCGAUCCACUUCUAACCUCAAGACAUUCCAAAUCUAUCGAUGGAAUCCAGACAAUCCAGACAAGCCACAGCUAAAAGAUUACGAGAUUGAUCUUAAGGAAUGCGGUCCUAUGGUCCUUGAUGCUCUAAUCAAAAUCAAGAACGAGAUCGAUCCAACUCUCACCUUCCGUCGUUCCUGCCGUGAGGGGAUCUGCGGCUCCUGCGCUAUGAACAUCGACGGUUGUAACGGAUUGGCUUGCCUGACGAAGAUACCUUCCGGAUCAAAUUCAACAGUCACUCCUUUGCCUCAUAUGUUCGUCGUUAAGGAUCUGGUUGUGGACAUGACUAAUUUCUACAACCAGUACAAGAGUAUCGAACCCUGGCUCAAGAGGAAGAAUCCAUCUCCCACGCCUGGGAAAGAGAUUCCACAGACUAAGAAGGAUAGGGCUAAACUCGAUGAGAUGUAUGAAUGUAUAUUGUGCGCCUGCUGUAGCACAUCUUGUCCUAGCUAUUGGUGGAAUCCUGAGUCUUAUCUCGGUCCUGCCGCUCUUCUCCAUGCUAACAGAUGGAUUAUGGACAGCAGAGAUGAGUUCACCAAGGAACGUCUUGAUGCAAUUUGCGAUGAAUUCAAGCUGUAUCGAUGCCAUACAAUAUUGAAUUGUGCUCGAGCUUGCCCUAAAGGGUUGAAUCCAGGGAAGCAGAUUACAAACAUUAAGCAACUCCAGCUACAAAAGGGUAUCUAAAGGUUUACUUAUUCUUCUUCUUAUUUCAGUUCUCAUUUGAAGACAGAGUUUACCUUAUGAUGAGCUUGAAUGUAUUUCAUAAGAUUGUUGAUGAUAGUAAUAAUAAUUGUGAGCCGAGAACCUUAUUCCAUUGUUAAGAGUUUCGGACUUGAAAUCUUUCUGUAAGGAGCUAGUAAAUGCAUCAUGUAAUAAUAUAUGUGACUUUGCUUGAUUCCAAUACAAAGAAAUUUGUAUUACUUAUG